AUGGAAGAAGAAGAAAAAAAAGGUCUGAGUAAUAAUUAUAAAAAAAACAUCACUAGGAUGUUCAUUAAGUUUCUUAGCUCUUUUGAUAAUACAAGCUAUGAAUUGGUAAAAGAAGAAUUUUAAGUAAAAAUUCCAGAUUUAAAAAAGAUCAUUAAAAAGUAUAAUCUUACAGAAUAAUUUAAUAACUUUAUCAUUCGUUUCCCUCGAUUGUUUUUCUCAUCAGACAUCCGAGACAAAGAAGAUAAGUUGAGCACAUAUUUUGACAAAAUAAAUCACAUCUACGAAAACAUAUUUUUACCAAAAAAAAAAAAAUGCAAGAACUAGACCAUCACUCAAAAAUCUCAGGAUUGCAAUAACCAAUUUAUGUCCUAUUAUGGAUCUGAUAACUGA